AUAGAAUGAGGUUAUGUUUACUAAACAGAAAAUACUUCUUUUGCUUCUAUGAAUAAUAUUAUAUAUUUUUUAUCAUUGCUUAUCAUUCUUUCGUAGAGAAUAGUCUAUUAUUUGCUAUACUGAACAAUCACUAGCUACAAUUGAAUCAUUUUUCUCUUUACUCCUGCCAAUAAAACAGUGAAAUUACAUCAUACUUAUUGAUAAUUAUUCAAAGUGCACCGUACUACAGAAACAGAAUACAUAUUGUAUUCUGUGACCGUACUCUGUCCUUUGUUGUUAAAUUUCUCUAACGUAUCUUCAUCUGAAUUUGUAUGAUGAGUUUAGUAAGAAAGUGUGUUUUAAAAUCAAUUUCAAAUUCUAUUCAAAUUGAACUUCCUCAUAGUAAACAAGUAUUUGUGGGGAGAGGUCCGGAAACAGAAAUAGUUGACACAAAAUUGUCGAAGCGUCAAGUCAGUCUUGUAGCUGACGUUGUGGCGUGCACAGUGACAGCACAUUGUCUUGGCGGCAAUCCCUCAGUUGCCGAUGGAGUGGCUCACAAAAAGGGAGACAAAUUCAAAUUGAAUAACAACAGCAAACUAGAGCUGCUGGCUGGCAAGCAUAUCUAUGAGGUCAAAUUUUCCCCUAUUCCCAUUAAAGAUAGGAUAGACAAAGCCACUGUUGAGCGGGACAUGCCAAUCGAUGAAAAAGACAAUGUAGAGAUUAGUAAUAGAAAUAAUAUAAACGACAAUGGAGAGUUGAAGAAACCAAAGAAAAUGGACGAUAGUGGGGAGUUAACUAAGAAGCCAAAAAAUAUGAGAGAGAAUGAGGAGAGUCAGAAUCCAAGCAAAAAGAUGAAGCUGGAUAAUGGGUCAUCCAUAUUAUCUGUUAGUUUCAACAUUUGUGAUAAAAAUGUAUGGGAAUCUAUCGACCAGGGCAAACUACUGAUAUAUUCUGUAAAAGGACUAAGGAGUAGCAGUAAGAUAGCUUCAUACGACAUGGACGGUACCAUAAUUCUGACUAAAUCAGGAAAGGUUUUUCCUGUAGACAAGAAUGAUUGGAAACUUUUCAGUCCAGCUGUGAAAAGUCAGUUGAAAAAGCUGCACGAUGAUAACUUCAAAAUAGUAAUCUUCACCAAUCAGGCGGGGAUAUCGAGGGGAAAAACAAAAUUGGACGAUUUCAAGUACAAAGUGGAAAAAAUCACCAGCGCCUUAGAUGUACCUGUGCAGGUUUUUGUGGCAACUUCUGAAGACAAAUAUAGGAAACCUGUACCGGGCAUGUGGGAGGUAUUUAUACAAAAGAAAAACGAUGGUUUGGAUUAUAGUGAGAGUGAUAGUUUCUUCGUUGGUGACGCGGCGGGCAGAGUGGAGUCCUGGGCGCCAAAAAAGAAGAAAGACUUCUCUUGUGCGGACCGCCUUUUCGCCUUGAAUGUUGGCAUAAAGUUUUAUACGCCUGACGCUCAUUUUUUGAAACUACCCGAAGGCAAAUUUGCUUUACCCGGCUUCAAUCCAUCUCAGCUAUUUUCAAACAAUGCUUUGAUAACGGACAAGGAGAUUCUUUCCAAAACGAAAGAGGUGGUAGUGAUGGUAGGAAGUCCAGGAUCGGGCAAGAGCUUCUUCGCAAACAGCUACUUGGUGAAAGCGGGCUACAGCUGCGUGAACAGAGACACACUGGGCUCGUGGCAGAAGUGUGUGUCGAGCAUGGAGAGCGCCCUGCACGCUGGCAACAGUGUGGUCGUCGACAACACCAACCCUGACCAGGAGACCAGGAAGCGCUACAUCGAUGUGGCUGCCAAACUCAACAUUCCUUGUCGCUGUUUCCUCAUGUCCACUACUCUGGAGCAUGCUCGUCACAACAACAAAUUCCGUCAACUGGUUGGAGAUCCACAUGUUCCCGUCAAUACCAUCAUAAUUAACAGUUACGGGAAAAAAUUCGUACCACCUAUGUUGAAAGAAGGGUUCUCAGACAUAGUUGAAAUAAAUUUUCUCCCAAAGUUUGAUGAUCCUGUACGAGAGAGGCUCUACAGGCUCUAUCUACUAGAAAAAUGAGAAUGAACUUGGAAAUAUAUCAUAUUGUGAUAAA